AGAAAAGGAUGGAGAAAAAGAAGAGCAACGUGAUAUUACAUGGGAUGUGGGCAAGCACAUACUCCAAGAGGGUUGAAUUAGCCCUUAAACUCAAGGGUAUAUCCUACGAGUACGUAGAAGAAGAUCUAAAGAACAAGACAGAGUCUCUGAUUCAACUCAACCCUGUUCACAAGAAGAUCCCUCUUCUUGUCCAUGAUGGUAAACCAGUAGCUGAAUCACAAGUGAUUCUUGACUAUAUCGAUGAAACGUGGAAGAACUCUCCUCGUCUCUACCCGGAGGAUCCUUAUGAAAGGGCCCAGGUCAGAUUCUGGGUCAACUACAUCAACCAAGAGGUGUUUGAGGUCAUGGCUCGAGUACUGUACCAAAAGGGUGAAGCUGCAACAAGGUCUGUGGAAAAGGCUAGAGAGAGAUUCAAAGUUCUUGAAGAGGGACUCAAGAAACACUUCCCCAAUAAAAUCAUCAGAGGGAAUCAUGACGUAGGGCUUUUGGACAUCAUCAUCAUCGCUAGUUUUGGAGUCCACAAAGUUUUUCAUGAAGCCAUCGGUGUAGAGAUAAUUUGUCCAGUGAACACUCCGACUUUAUUCAACUGGAUAGAGCGCCUACAACAGUUGCCUGUGAUCAAAGAAGUCCAAGUGCCACAUGAUAGGUUGGUGACCUUUCUCCAGAAGUAUAGAGAGGAGCAUCUCCAGCAGGCUGCAAAAGCGUAAUGGGAUCAAUAUAUUGGUCUGAGGAUUUAAUGUCCCAGAGGUGUAAAAUAGAUUAAGAAUAAGAGUUAGAUUACCGUUUGAAAGUAAAAUAAUAAUUCCAUUAGACAGUCAGUUAUGAGAAUGAAACUAAAUAACCGUUUGUGGUAUCUCCAUGCUCUAUUUUUUAUACAAUUUUCAUUUGUUGUUAUACUCCAUCACUAUAAUAAAAAGGGCAUAGUACUC